CCAACUAAAAACACUCGGCGCAGUGCUCUGACCAAUUCUUUACUUGUAGUGCUAAAAAAAAAAAAUAAUUUGGUGGAAUUUAAUUAAAAGCACAGCGAUAAGAUCUAUUUGUAGUUGUUUUUCUACUACGCGCACAAGAGGGGAAUUUGGGAUUUGCUGCUGUGUUUUUGUUCAGCGAUAACCUGGCCGUGAUAAGUGUGAGAAAAUAACCUAAGGAGCUACUUUUCUUGCCUAACGUUAGGCCUACACCCCCUCCCUCCACACAUACUAGUGCGUAGUAAGUUAAGGUAUACCAAAAAGUAAAAAAUAAUAAGAAUCCGAAAUCGAAAACAAAACUCAAAAUACAAUUGAAAGAGGCAAACAAACGAAUUUCUAAAACCUCCAAUUGCCAGUUCAUUAUAUUUGGUUACACACUUGUACAUCUGCGGCAACGCCACCACCAUCAGUGGGGUCACACAGGAACGGAGCACACACUAUAGGCUAAAGCACAGCAAGAAAUGUCAGAUAUGAACAUUGACAGCAUAAUUUCAAGACUUUUGGAGGUACGUGGUGCAAGACCUGGCAAAAAUGUCCAGCUGUCCGAAAGCGAGAUACGGGGCUUAUGCUUAAAAUCCAGAGAGAUAUUUUUAUCGCAGCCAAUACUGUUGGAGCUGGAGGCACCUCUUAAAAUUUGCGGUGACAUCCAUGGACAAUACUAUGAUUUGUUGCGACUUUUCGAGUAUGGUGGCUUUCCUCCAGAGUCGAACUACCUUUUUCUGGGCGACUACGUUGAUCGCGGCAAACAAUCGUUGGAAACGAUAUGCUUGCUACUAGCCUACAAAAUCAAAUAUUCAGAGAAUUUCUUUUUACUGCGUGGAAAUCACGAAUGUGCGAGUAUUAAUAGAAUUUAUGGUUUUUAUGAUGAAUGCAAAAGGCGUUACACAAUCAAGUUGUGGAAAACAUUUACAGAUUGUUUUAACUGCUUGCCGGUGGCAGCUAUAGUUGAUGAAAAAAUUUUCUGCUGUCAUGGUGGCCUCAGUCCCGACCUUACAACAAUGGAACAAAUAAGGCGUAUAAUGCGGCCGACAGAUGUUCCCGAUCAGGGUCUGCUAUGUGAUUUACUAUGGUCCGAUCCAGACAAGGACACAAUGGGUUGGGGUGAAAACGAUCGAGGAGUUAGCUUUACAUUUGGUGCUGAGAUUGUGGGUAAAUUUCUUCAAAAGCAUGAUUUUGAUUUGAUUUGUCGUGCUCAUCAGGUUGUCGAAGAUGGCUAUGAGUUUUUCGCUAAACGACAACUGGUCACCCUCUUUUCUGCACCAAAUUACUGUGGUGAAUUUGACAAUGCAGGUGCUAUGAUGUCAGUGGAUGACACUUUAAUGUGUUCGUUCCAAAUUUUGAAACCAGCUGACAAACGUCGAUUUGUCUAUCCCAAUUUCGGCAGUUCGGGGCGACCUCUAACACCUCCUCGAGGUGCCAAUAAUAAAAACAAAAAGAAAUAAGUGCAAAGUUCAAAUUUCAAAUGUCAUGUUCAAAACUUACUACGUACCCUGUGUGGUUAAUUAAUUAAAGCAAAAUAUACACAACACAAAUAAUAGAAGAAAACACACACAACACACACACACACAAGAUCACACACAUACAUUCAUUACAACAACAAAAAAUCCUUCGAAAACCUUCGUUUGUCGUACAAAGCCAGAAGGAUUGUAGUUUUAUCUGCAAAUGUUUAUAUUUAUAGUUUUGUUUAACAAACUAAAUUAUUGUAUGUCCUUAUUAAAAAAAGCUCAUUUUCUUAAAAAUUUGCUUCUACUUUUAAAUACACCUACACCUACAUAUACAUAUACAUAUAUAUAUACACACAUAUAUUGAUGAUUGUACAACUUUAAUUUUUAGGAUAAUUUAUUGUUUGUUCUUUUUUCUAUGAUUUCAAAUCUUCUCCCUGCCUAUUGUGAUUUACUUAAUUGAUACUUUCCGCUUUCAAAUCAACCUCUUAGGUAUCGAGACACGGCGCAAUUAUUUUUUACAAUUUAAUUUAAUCACUUACACCAAAUACAAGUAUAAAGAAACAAACUGAAAGUAAGCAAAAACAACAAAUAAAAAGAAGAUAAACGAAUCUUUAUAAUUUAAGAAAAGAAAACGAAAAUAAAUUCAACCGAAUGCUACAAUAUUAUAUUUGAAAAAAAAAAAUGUA